AUGACUAUGAAUUUUAUUAAGAAUGCUAUCUGGGGACCUGAUCCAAAGGAACAACAUCGCAAGAUUAAGGCCUCUUUAAAAAGAAAUGGAAGACAAAUAGAUAGAAAUAUUAAUGAAUUACAAGCAUUACAAAGAAAGACGAAACAGUUGAUCAAGAAAUCUGCAAAAGAAAAUAACCUAAAUGCCGUAAGAAUUUAUGCUAAAGAAUUAUAUCAAAUAAAUAAACAAUAUACUCGGAUGUACACAUCAAAGGCACAAUUAGAUUCUAUAACGAUGAAAGUUGAAGAAGCUUAUAAAAUGAAAAAUUUAACGAACUCAAUGUCUGUAUCCACUGGUAUUAUGAAAGAUAUGAAUACUUUGGUCAGAUUACCUCAGCUACAAUCAACAAUGGUAGAAUUAGAAAAAGAGUUGAUGAAAGCCGGAAUUAUAACAGAAAUGGUAGAUGAUACAUUUGAAACUUUGUAUAUGGGUGAGAAAGAUGAAAUGGACGAAGAAGUAGAGGAGCAGGUGAAUAAGAUAAUUGAAGAAUACACAACAGAAAAGUUUGCAACAGUUAAUAAGGUUCCAACUACACAAUUACCAGUCGGGCAAACAAUAGACAAGAAUAAUAAAGAAGAAGAAGAAAUACCAGAAAACCAAGUUGAUGAGGAGGCAGAUAAAAUGAUAGCUGAUAUGAGAGAAAGACUAAAAGCUCUACAAGCCUAA